GCAACCAGGCGGUCCCACUGUCGGGUGUGAAGUGUCCCUUGAGCCGUGGAAGAAUGAGGAUGAGCCUUGGGUUGGCUUUCAGGUCAGCAAAAGGCCAUUGGGUUGAAAACGUCAGCCGGCAGUGUUCGCAUGGAUCCAUUGAGUCAUUUGUGCCACCAAGUCCUCCGUUGGACCCUGAGAAGGUCAAAGAGUUACAGCGCUUCAUCGCCCUUUCCAAGAGACUCUUUGUGAUGACUGGGGCGGGAAUCUCUACCGAGUCGGGGAUCCCAGACUACAGGUCAGAAAAUGUGGGACUUUAUGCGCGCACUGACCGGAGGCCCAUCCAGCACAGGGAUUUUGUGCAGAGUGCUCCAAUCCGCCAGAGGUACUGGGCGAGGAACUUUGUGGGCUGGCCUCAGUUCUCCUCCCACCAGCCUAACCCUGCGCACUGGGCUUUGAGCAACUGGGAGAAACUCGGAAAGUUGUACUGGUUGGUGACCCAAAAUGUGGAUGCCUUGCACACCAAAGCGGGGAGUCGGCGCCUGACAGAGCUCCAUGGAUGCAUGCACAGGGUCCUCUGCUUGGAUUGUGGCCAACAGACUCCCCGGGGGGCGCUGCAGGAGCGCUUCCAAGUCCUGAACCCCUCCUGGAGUGCUAAGGCCCAUGGCGUAGCUCCCGACGGCGAUGUCUUCCUCUCAGAGGAGCAGGUCCGCAGCUUUCAGGUACCAUCCUGUGUUCGAUGUGGAGGCCCCCUGAAACCAGACGUCGUUUUCUUCGGGGACACAGUGAACCGUGACAAGGUUGAUUUUGUGCACGAGCGUGUAAAAGAAGCCGACUCCCUCUUGGUUGUGGGAUCGUCCUUGCAGGUGUACUCUGGCUACAGGUUUAUCCUCACUGCCCGGGAGAAGAAGCUACCGAUUGCAAUACUGAAUAUUGGGCCCACGCGGUCGGAUGACUUGGCGUGUCUGAAACUGAAUUCUCGUUGUGGAGAGUUGCUGCCUUUGAUAGAUCCACACUGACCACAGCCUGGUGUUCCUGAGCCAGGAACAGGGACUGUCACUGGAAUCCUGCUGCUAAAGGUAAACGCCUUCUCAGAUAACAGAUUCCAGUUCCCAUUCAACCAAGAGUCGUGGGGUGCACUGACAAGCUAUAAAAGAUUCUAAGUUUCUUAAUGUAUGACCAUUCUUAAUUACAACUAAUUUUUUUU